ACCUGAAUCGACUCGUGUCGUGUCACCUCAUCAUCGGUUAUUCUGUUGGGUGAUGCCACACAGUACGUUGCCUCUUACGUGACAAUGCUUUUCCUGAACUUUUGAGCGUGAUCUUCACCCGUUCCUGUCCUGCAGUACUUGCGAGAUGGCAGAUCUAGGCGUCAUCGCUUCCAUUGUGGGUGUUGCCGGCGCAGGCUUCAGGCUGUCGCUGAUUCUCAACGCUGUCAGCUGCGAAGUCGCCAGCGCCGGUCUCGAAGUCCACCGCAUCUCGAAAUGUAUAACUCUCUUUUCGAUGAUGCUCAAACAGACCGGCACCCUUCUCCAGGCAGCAGAUUCCGUCCAUUCCUUCGAAGCCGUCGAGACUGCCAAAUCGAUAGCCGACGAAAGUACCAGGGUUUUUGAUGAAAUACGAGACAUGGUGGACCGCGUGCGCACCAAGUCUGCAGGCGAUGCAACAUCCCCAACGAUACAGCAAAAAUUCAAAUGGUGCUUCAAGAAGCACAGGGUGACAUAUCUACUGGCGCAGCUCGAGAGCCUACAGCUGAGCCUGUCUGUCAUGUUGCAGGUCAUCGUGCUGGGUAGAUUGAUGGCUUCUACAAACCGCAGUGAUCCUCCUGAGGAAGUCUCUAUCAAGUCAGAGGCGAUCAAACAAGAGCGUAUGGAAGCUCAAAACGCAGUCAUUGUCCGCUAUUGGCAAAUGAGCACAAUGGACAGGCUGUUUGAAGCAUCUGUCAGGGAGGAUGAGGCAGAACGCCGAGCGAGCGUUGACACUGAGACACCUCAUGACGAUGAGCUGUCCUUGAUCGCAACGAGCAGUUCCCACACGACGAACGAGCCUCCACCCCCUGAAUUCGCGCCCUCAACAGCCCUGAUCAAAUUGCCGGUGUUUUCUUUGGGUGAACUGGACCAGACGCUUCACAAAAUCAAAUGCUCUCCCAAAGACAUGAUCCAGGUCUCGGAUCAAGCUAUCGAUCCUUUACUCGAGAGGUGGACGAACUGGAGGGAAAUCCGCGAACGGAGACAUCAUCGGGACUCGGGCAUCCGUUUUGUGCCCUCUAUACAAAAUCUGAAUGAGGAAGAAGAAGAUCGCGCUUUCCAUGAACGAUUUCAAGAACGAGAAGAUAGCCCUCGAGGACAUCUUCUCGAAGGCACCACCACGGAUUGGAGACAACCAUACUCGUCGGCCGCCCGAUCGGAAGCACUACGGCGGAAAAGGCAGUACCAGAAAUAUCAGCCCAGCGUGAGUGCUGCCAGUAGUGACGUCGAAGAUUCGCCUGGAAGUUCCGGCUCCAAGAAGCGCAAGCCGCGGCGACAUAUCAUUGACUCUGGGUCCGAGUCGUCAGCUUCCGAGCCAGACAUUGCUCAACCAAAACCACGCCGCCGGAGUAGUGGUGGUCCGCCUUCAGGAGCGAAGCUGCCGUUCGCUGAUGGGCCUCCCAUCACUCACGCGUACACCACUGUCCAACCCCCAACCUGGGCCGCUCCCAUUGUCGCGAAUGGGCCCAGUCGCGCACCCUCCGAGACGUCCGCCCAAUCAACAGCUUCCAGAUUGUCCUCGCCCGCUUAUCAUCCGCCAGGCCAUCGCCCUUGGGCUACGCCUGAUCAAGCCAUUGGACACCAUAGUCUAUCAUCACCUCUACCACCGAUCCACACUGCGAAUGCUCCCAAUCCUUAUGCACCUCCACAAGCAAGGCAGCAAAGUGCUGGCUAUCCCCGGUUUGCUGGGCAGCCUCCGGGGCAAUCUGCUGCAUAUGUCGCACAUCCGGGUUCGCAAUCGAGAAGUGUGCCACAGUCAAGCAGUCGAAUGGGCCUACCACCUAGGCCGGUAUCUCAGGACGGUAAACAACCCAGGUCACCUUCCCGACUGUCGCAUCACAGCACGACUGCACGCGUGCAUAGCAAAGGCCAAGAUGACAGGCGGCAUCUGAAAGAGAAGAGUACCAAACAGAACCUAAAGGAGGGCGCCACCAAGGGUCUGCUGGGGGCUGGGGCAAUUGCAGGCUUUCUUGAAGCAUUGGAGGGUCUCAGCUUAUGAGUUAUGUACUACACAUGUGAGUGAUGCCAGUCACGAUGUAAAUGAUGCUAUACGGAAUUAUGGAAA